GGCUGCAGCCGGAGCCUCUGCCGCCGCUUCGGCCGUCGCUCGCACCCUUCUCGCGGCCCAGGGAGCUACAGCCUGCCAAGAUGUGCAAAGGGUUAGCGGCGCUGCCCCACACGUGCCUGGAGAGGGCCAAGGAGAUCAAGACGAAGCUGGGCACACUGCUCCAGAAGCCUGACUCAACCAUUGACUUCAUCAUCCCCUACCCCGAGAAGCCAGAGAAGCCACCCAAGGCCCAGAAGCCCUCUCCAGAGGAGGCUCUGCAGUGGCGCGAUUCCUUGGAGAAGCUCCUGCAAAACCCCUAUGGCCUCGCCAGCUUCCGCAGCUUCCUGCGCUCCGAGUUCAGCGAGGAGAACGCCGAGUUCUGGGUGGCCUGCGAGGACUACAAGAAAACCAAGUCCCCUGUGAAGAUGGCAGAGAAGGCCAAAAAGAUCUAUGAGGAGUUCAUCCAGACUGAGGCACCCAAAGAGGUGAACAUCGACCACUUCACCAAGGCUGUGACCAUGAAGAACCUGGUGGAGCCAUCACCAACCAGCUUUGACAUGGCCCAGAAGAGGAUCUUUGCCCUGAUGGAAAAAGACUCCCUGCCCAGAUUUUUGCGGUCGGAGUUUUAUCAUGAAUUAAUCAAGUAGCAAUGCAGCAGGGCUGUGCAAGGCAUCCCUGCCGCUUCUCUCUAAACACCUGCCCCUUCUCCUGCAGCUGCUUUGCUUUCUCGAUACCACCUAGAGCACUCAGAGGUGUUGCUAAGCUUCUCCCCCAUGCUUUGGACUGUCCGGUGUCCUGGUGUUUCCUCCCUUACUAUCUCUUUCCUCUCCCACAAAAGACCAAUUUGCAGAAACUCCCUGGAGUUGGGACGCAGAAGGGUGAGGGAGCAGCCCCAGCUCUGCAGUGACCAGGAGCCUUGUGGCCAGCUGACACAUCCCUGAUGCUGCAGAGCUUGGCAUUAGCUGGAGGCUCCGAGGUGCUGAUUUUGCCUUCUUAGGGCUCCUUAGAACAUGACAAUUUUCCUCAGUGUUGCCCAUAUUGCCGGCUUGGCCCAGGCUCGCUCCCUUCUCCCACCUUCCCCAGCUGCUGCUGAGAGUGCACAGGUACCUGCAGGUGCUCCCCUCCCUGGCCAAGGUGACGUGAGACACAUCCACUGUCCGAUUUGCAUCACCUUCCCUCCGAAAGCAGCGAGUCAGCAGGCACAGGGACGGGG